UGACUAAUCUGAGGUUUCCCAGUCGGUUGUCAUCAUCACAAAAUGCUCAUUCAUAAAUUGAAUUUAUUGUAAUCAAGUAAAUUUUAAAUUGUUUAUUUCAUUAUCUUGUCAUUCUAUAGUGCUUUGCUUCUUAGUUUAAAUUAAGUUUGAGUCAAUACAAUUCAUCAUGGAUCCUGCCUUAUUGAAAGCCAGGGAAGCUUUCAAGAAGAAAGCUAUAUCCACACCUGCUAUUGAAGUAAAAAGGCCAGCUAGUUCUGUGCAUGAUGGAGGAAAAGAAUCAAAUAAGAAGAGUCGUAAAAGUGCUCCUGCUCCUGUAAUAGAGAAAUCCUUCGACUUUAAAAAAUUUAAACCGACAUCAAAUGCUAAUUUUGCUUGCCUUGCUAAAAUUGUCAAGUACAUGAAGCAAAGAUAUCUUGAUGGUGAUAAUGAACCGCUUACUCUUGAGGAAAUGUUGGACGAAACUAACCAAUUGGAUUUGGCACCAAGACAGCGACAAUGGCUAGCCACUGAAGCGCUUAGGAACAAUCCUAAGGUGGAUAUUACAGAGGACGGAGAGAAAUAUUUUUAUAAGCCAAUUUUCCCUUUGAAAGAUAAAAAGUCUUUACUACGAUUGUUGGAUAAAUAUGACCAAAGAGGAAUGGGAGGUAUCGCAUUGGAGGAUAUACAAGAGUCACUUCCUAAUGCUGAUAGGUGUAUAAAAGCUCUUGGAGAAGCCAUAAUAAUACUUACUAGACCUACGGAUAAAAAGAAAAUUUUAUAUUACAAUGAUCGUUCCAUUCAUUUUAAAGUUGACGAAGACUUUCAAAAACUUUGGAGAAGUGUUGCUGUCGAUGGUUUAGAUGAUGCAAAAAUUGAAGAGUAUUUAGAGAAACAUGGUAUUACCUCAAUGAAAGAUAUUGGUGGUAAACCUGUCAACCCAAUUCAAAGGAGGAAAAAGCCCACUUCGAAGAAACCUAGGACAUUCAAGAAACACAACGAGCAUAUGGGUGAUAUUCUGCAAGAUUACAACGGGUAACUGUUGUCUUAUCAGUUUAGCAAAAUUUGUAAAAACCGUGUAGUUUAUGUAUUUAUACAAUUUAUUGAACAAAAAGUAAUAAAUUGACACUUGUAUACUAAUA